AGUUGGAAGGUUUCCAAAGCAGAUAUUCGAUGAACGGAACUGUCCGUUUGGGAAUGUUUGUCAUUUUUGUCUUGUUUUUAUGUGGGACCGGAGUGGUUUAUUCCAAUUUAUGUCCAAGACAGUGUUUGCCGGGAUCCUGUUGCGAAGUUGAAGAAAAUGACUUCAGAUGCUGUCCUUAUGCUAAUGGUGUAUGUUGUAGUGAUGGGAGAAACUGCUGUCCUCAAGGGACAAAGUGUGAUUUGGAACUCGGUCAUUGUCGUUCUCCGAAUGGGACUGUGUUACCCUCCAAACAUAUAUCAGAGAAAGUAAUUGGUGACUUAAAAACCAGUACUUUGGAUAUGGUGCUUAGGAGACUAUCUACAAACUACAUUAUGUGUCCCGACCGCCAGUCAGUGUGCCAGGAUAAUACUACAUGUUGCCCAAUGUCAGGUGAGAUAUGGGGUUGUUGCCAACAUGCCAACGCUAUUUGCUGUCCAGAUGGAGAACAUUGUUGCCCUCAUGGUUCAGUCUGUGAUCUGGUACAUCGCUCAUGUAAACCAGCUAAGUCCAAUGAAAUCCCAGAGAUAAAAGAAUCUUCCCACACCUUACACCUCGUAUCAGCAUCAGCUCCUGCACGUCUCAACCCAAAUGUCAACCCAUCUAAAGCAGGCUGGGGAAAAAAGAUUCAUAAACUGUCAGCCAAUUAUUUACUAGCUUAUUCUGGUGUCGUAUGUCCAGAUCCAUUAUAUGAAUGCCCAGCUAAUACAACUUGUUGUUCUAGUCCCGAUGAAAAAUGGGCAUGUUGCCCUAUUCCCCAAGCUGUAUGUUGCAGUGAUGGAGAACACUGUUGUCCUGAAGGUUAUGUAUGUGAUUUAUCUGUUGGAGAGUGUAUAAAUCAUUCGAAACCAUCAAAUGAAUUGAAAAAGUUUUUACCAAACAUUAAUUUAUCAUCAUUACCAACAAAAAUUGGUUAUAAUAAUCGUUGUCCUAACAGUGAUGUUUAUUGUGAAGAUAAUUCAACUUGUUGUGAACAUGAUAAGGAAUGGGGUUGUUGCUUGUUCUCAAAUGCAGUCUGUUGUUCCGAUGGUGUUCAUUGUUGUCCAGCAAAUACAAUUUGUGAUUUAAAAGCAGAAAUGUGUAUUGGUGAAUCAGGUGAUAUUCUCACUAAACUACAAUUGAAAUCUAAACCUAAAUUUAAUUCAUUCAAAUAUAAUUCACGUAUUAGUAUUUGCUCUGAUAUGAAAUCAGUUUGUAUUAAUGGUACAUGUUGUUCCAAUGCAAAUGAUCAAUUAUCAACACUUUGUUGUCCUUAUGAAAAUGCCGUUUGUUGCAACGAUGGUGAACAUUGUUGCCCAAAGGGUACAACAUGCGAUAUGGUCAAUGGUGGUUGUAUUAUUUCACAAGAAGAUUUAUCAAAAUCUAAUUCUGUUCCAUUGCUUACCAAGGUCUCAGCUUUACAUGUUACUUCCAAAAAUAACACACAGUCUACUGUUUUCACACAAGUUUGUCCUGGUGGUAAAGCGAAAUGUCCAGAUAGUGCAACAUGUUGUAAAUUAUCUAGUGGGGAAUAUGCAUGUUGUCCAAUUCCAAAUGCUAUUUGUUGUACAGAUGAUAUUCAUUGUUGUCCAUCAGGAACUUCAUGUGACUACAAAACUCUGUCAUGUGUAAAAACGGACAAUGGUCAUUCAAUUGGAAGCCCAACAGCUAAUGAAUUAUUACGUAAUCCUGGAUUAUUGUUUACUGGAGUACGUGAUCAUGUUUGCCCUGGUCAUCAAUCUACAUGUGCUGAUGAUCAAACUUGUUGUCCAUUGCCUGAUAAAUCGUGGGGUUGUUGUCCACUGAAAAAUGGUGUUUGUUGUCGUGAUCAUCUUCACUGUUGUCCAGCUGGUUCAAUUUGUGAUUUGGAUACAAAACAGUGCAUUUUACAAAUUGAAUACAAUCAAUCUACCACAAAAAUAGUUUAUGAUGGGUUUACUAUGCACAAAGCUAAUCAAAAGUUAUCAAAUAGUUUAUAUUCACAACCAGUAAAAUCUAUUAGUACUAUUGAUACUUAUGUACAAGCAAAAUGGUGUGGAGCAUGUGGUGACACUUGGGCUUGUUGUCCAGAUGUUACUUUUACUUCAUGGUCAUGUUGUCCUUAUGUGGGCGGAGAAUGCUGUAUUGGACAAAACACUUGUUGUCCUCCUGGAUCACGUUGUUUAAAUAAUGGGAAAUGUGAAAAGAUCCAAAAGAAUAUCUUCAAAUCAUCAGCAUCUGCUUUAAUACCAUCUGUUUCAAUGAAUAACAAUGUACAAAGACCACAUUUCAUUAAACAAAAUAAUGAGAAAGAAAACUUCCAGAUAGAAAUGUCCAACAGUGCUAAACCUGCUCAAAGAAAUAUCCUUCUUCUGUAAGUAGAUUUUCUUUCUCUUUUUUGUACGUUUAAAAUGGUUUUUCUCGUGGUCUGUGUCUGAUGAUAUUGGAAGUUGAUUAUAGAGCCUGUUUAUUGACUUGUUCACUUUAAGGUCAUUUGAUCAAUGAUUUUAUGGUUGACCGACGAUACUAUGUUUAUUUUACCAAAUAACUCAAUGACUUAAUCAACACAAGAAUAAUUUCACAUUAUGGUUUCAGUAGACCUAGGACAGUGUUUCGCGCACUAUAAUCAUUGGUAAUGGUUACACUUGAGGAGGAAACCAAAAGAGGAAGUUUAGAGUUGAAAGUCGACGUACGAGGUAUAAUAGGAACUGAAGAGGGAGAUCGAUUAUGAAUGCAGUGAUUUUGAGUGUUGUCACAGGUAUGAGAGUGGUUUUUACUUCCCGGUUGCCCACACAGUGGAAUAGUCUUUCUACAGGUAACUGAAAAGGAAAUUCAGUUAGAGUUGGUCUUAGUCAUCUGAGAGCGUGACCACAAUGCCCAAGGGAUAGCUGCUUGAGGUCGAUCACACACGACCUUUCUGUGAGUAAUUUUCGUGUUAGCUCCGUAUUGUUGAAACCUUACCGUCGGAGACCGAUAUCCGUGGGAUAGAGUGGUGUUCAUUUUUAGGAUCGACCUUUUCUAAUUCCACCCCAUUCUUGUGGGAAGGCAGCAUCGUUAUACUGGUUGUCUGAAGGAAACAUCUUACUGCCGUCACACCUCUGUACAGUCACUAGUAUGACUUCGCCUUCGAACUUUGAGUUUGCUGCUUUUAGUCUUACCGCUCUUCAACCGACCUGUCUGGUAUAGCAGGACCUUGUGGAAUCAUUGUUCCAGCCAGUAUAAGGAACCAAAAAUGAGGGAUCAAUCCAUGAAAACACUGUCUGUUGGACUGAGUCAUAUAGUGGUAGUUGGAGAUUGCCUGACUGAGGUUCGCGUGCUUAUUAUAACAAAACGGUUGAAAACUUUAGAUGAAAUGAAGGGUUAGAAUCAUUUGCAAUGGUGCAAGUGCAUUCACUCUUUCUCUUCCCUUAAAUCCACACUCUAAAUUGCCUUAUAAAUGUUUUUCUUAUCCACAUAAACCAUAUUUUGUUCUUAAGUCGUAUCUUCAAUCUAUAAUCUUUUCUAUUACCACUAAUACCGUUACUACCUUCUAUUAUAUUGGGAUUUGCCCUGACAAUUCGGUCUGGUUAUGCUCAUAAAGUGUGACAAAUCGAAUCUAUGUAUACACAUGUACCAGAUUCUACGUUGAGAUCUCUUAGUGGGCAUUACUGAUGUUAGGGUUAGGAUACUAGGUAAGGAUGACAAUUCAAUUGAUGAAGUAGUAAAUCCUCAUCAACUGAGGUGGUUGGAACAUGUGUUACGUAAGCCCAAUCACUGCGUACCUCGACGGGCGUUGUUGUCUGAUAUAGGGAUAGACUGGAUAAAAUCUAGGAGCGCCGAAACUAAAAUAUCGCACCGAUCUAUGAAGUCAUUGACAAUCGAACUGAGCUCAUGUUAAUGGAUAUAGACUAACUGAUUGGUAUCUGCGUGAUUAUGGUAACCGAUUUUUGGAGACUCCAGGUUAUACAGAUCAAAACUGUUUAUGAUAGCACAGAUGCAUUCACUUCUGGUCUGCCUCUUAAACCUAACUCCCUAAAUCUCAUUAAGCCUUUAUGUCGUUUUGUAUACACGUUUUUUUAUUACUUCGGAUACUAUUACUACUUCUACUACUCUGGAAUUUGCCUUAAAAUAAUCCUAUCUCACUGUGCUAAUGUAAUAUGGUAGAUUGAAGCGAUGCACAUAUAUAUAUCAGGUUCUGUAUUACAUAUGACUGCGACUAAUCAUUGAAAAAAUUAACUGGCAUCGUCUUAGUCUGAGAUGACCUACAAAAUGAACAGGUUCCAAAUAUUCUCUAUAGCUUUUAUACAGUUUACCUUGGAUUUUAUUACAAAAACCUUUAUCGGUACUUGGGGGGUGGGUGGUUAUAUUAUAAAAUUGCAAUAUUUCUAAUUACUUUUCUUUUCUCAAUAAAUACAUAUUAGUGUUCGUCAUUAUCGACGUCUUAAACGACAAUUGCAUACAAUUUGUCCUGAUUCAUUACACUAUUGUGGUAAAUCUGAACAAUGUUGUCUUUCGAAUAAAUUUGGUUAUACUUGCACACCGAAUGAGUCCAUAUGUUGUGGAUCUAGUAUGAAUACUUAUUGUCCAAUAUCCAAGGAUUGUUCUCUAGACGGAAAAUUCUGUGUUGAUAAGUAUUAGUUUCACUAUCAUCAUAGUUAUUGACGACUGGAUGAUUAUCAUUCUACAUGUGUGUAUGUAUGUAUGUAUGUGUGUGUGUGUGUUUAUGGAUUACUACAAAUCUUGCCAUUAUUAUAAAUUUGGAUUUGUAACAUCUCUUAUCCAUGUUACUAUUUGUGAUUCUAUUCAAUAUAAAUUCAAUUUUCAUUAUAAUUACUGUUCAAUAUUUUUCUAUUGUUAAGAUAUUUUCAUCUCUUUAUUAAAUAAAUUUCAUUUUGUGCUAUUAUUAGCAUUGAA